UUUUAACAAAUGUUUUUUUGUAGUAGUAUUAUUGAACUUAAAGAUAAAUCAUGUUUAGAUUUAUUUUAUUCUACUCAGUUUUUCACUUGUGCAGUGCUACUGAUGCUCCAAUAAUUGGAAUAUUAGCACAAGCGACUGACUCGUAUGACGCUGAUACGUACAUAGCAGCUUCGUACGUUAAAUUUGUGGAAAGUGCUGGAGGCAGGGUACUUCCAAUAUGGAUUAACCAACCAGCAGAUUAUUAUGAACGAGUAGUUAGCUAUACCAAUGGGGUUCUUUUUCCUGGCGGUGAUUCAUCUUUUGAGACACCUGGAGGUUAUGGAGAAACAGCUCGAACAAUCUAUCAAUUAGCACAAGCGGCUAAUGACCAGGGACGGUUUUUUCCAAUAUGGGGAACCUGUCUAGGAUUCGAAGUUUUACCCUUUGCAGAAUUAGGAAAAGAUAUUACAGUUAACUGUUCAAUACCAGAUGACUCAUAUACAUUAGAUUUCGCAGGAGAUUUCAGAAAAAGCAAACUAUACGACAACCUUCCAAGUGACCUUCUAAAGAUUCUUUUAACUAAAAACGUCACCUACAAUGCUCACUCAUAUUGCCUAACAGAAAAAACACUUAGAGACAAUGGAUUAGACAUGGACUGGCAUAUUUUGACCACGAAUACAGACACCAAUGGUCUAAAAUUCAUUUCGUCUAUGGAAAACGUGAGAUAUCCGUUCUAUGGAAUACAAUUUCAUCCGGAAAAAAAUGGCUUUGAAUUUAAAGACAAUCAAGGAUUCGCGCAUUCUUCAGAUAGUGUGAGAGUUAUGUGGUAUUUUUCCAAUUUCUUUAUCUCACUAGCAAGGAAAAAUGUUAAUAAAUUCCCUAGCAGAGAACUAUUAGUAAAAUCUUUGAUAUAUAAUUGGUGUCCACAAUUUACAGGACUAGAUGACAAAUAUUUUUUCCAAAUAUAUAGUUUUGCAAAAACUGAUUACAGUAAACAUUUAUUAUUAUAAAUUAAAUAGUAGACAAUAUUUAGGCAUUUCUUUUCACCUUUCUCAGUAUCACCGAAGCCUGUCUCCAUGGCCCUUAAGGCUCAAACAUAGUGGAAUUUUUAAAGACAAAAUUAAAUCAAAUAAAAAAAACUAUUUUAUUUUUAAUUAACUCCAUUGCGGGCUGCAUAAUAUAGUAAUAAUAGUAAAAAGUAAUCAGAGUAAUUAGCAAUAAUAUUAUUGAAUAGACCAAAACGUUUUUAGGAGAUUGUGACGUGCUCCUAGCUGGAUAUAAUGUAGUAAGUUCUUAUAAGUAUUUAAUAGUUAGCUAGUUGCUCAACUUGUGUAAAAAUUUUAAAUGAAGAGUGUUUAAAAAUAAAUUAUAUACUUUUAUA